AUGGCGGUUUCGCCGCCCGGUUCACCCACGGGUGCGCCCCAGCGGCCUUUUAGCGGCAUCAUGCGGACCCCAAGGAGCAACAGUCGUUUGAGUAUGAGCAGCAAACUGGGUGGGGGAAGUCGCGCAUCGGACGAGGAUGGGAAGACCGCGGUGAAAGUCGCCGUCCGUGUUCGACCUCCCCUGAAGCCCACCGACCCGGGCUACGAACUGGUUCCCAAACGUUUCCAACGCUCCAUGGUCCAUGUCAUGUCGCCGACGAAUCUUGCUGUCGAUGUCCCCCAAGGUCGGAAGUUGUUUGUUUUUGACCGCGUCUUUCCCGAGACCACAGACCAGGAUGGUAUCUGGGAAUAUCUCAGUGACAGUGUGAGCUCGUUCCUUCAGGGUUAUAACGUCUCUAUCUUGGCCUAUGGCCAGUCGGGUGCUGGAAAAUCAUACACGAUGGGAACUUCGGGCCCCAGCGAGCAGCAUGAUACUCAGUCAAUGGGAAUUAUCCCCCGUGCGGCCCAGCUGCUCUUCGAGAAGUUGGAAGGUCCCACAAAGCAUAACCGCAAUAGUUCGACGGGCCUUCGGACACCAACCCGAUACUCCAUAAGCUCCACCUCUAGCUUUGGAAAGGCAAACGCUGAUAAGACCUGGCAAUUGAAAGCCUCCUAUGUUGAAAUCUACAACGAGCAAUUGAGAGAUCUUCUCCUUCCCGAUUCCACCCCAAUGGCGGACCGCAACGCAGUUACAAUCCGCGAGGACACGAAAGGUCGUAUCAUUUUGACUGGUCUGCAUCAGGUCAACAUCAACUCAUUCGAGGACUUGAUGAAUGCGCUAAGUUUCGGGUCCUCGAUCCGGCAGACGGACUCUACUGCCAUCAACGCCAAAUCCUCCCGAUCGCACGCGGUAUUCAGUUUGAAUCUUGUCCGGCGAAAAUCACCGGGCUCUAUCAGCACCCCCAAGGAGAAACGGAUGUCUAUGCCGGUAGAAGUCCUUUCGGGCUCUGAUGCCUCCGUCACCGUCGACAGCAAGCUGCACUUCGUGGAUCUGGCAGGAAGCGAACGGCUGAAGAACACCGGUGCUUCUGGGGAACGUGCCCGAGAGGGUAUCUCGAUCAAUGCUGGUCUCGCGGCCCUUGGAAAAGUUAUCUCUCAACUUUCCUCCCGUCAAGCGGGCGCUCACGUCUCGUACCGCGAUUCUAAGCUUACUCGGCUCCUGCAGGAUUCCUUGGGUGGAAGUGCUUACACGUACAUGGUUGCUUGUGUUACACCCGCCGAGUUUCACCUGAGCGAGACACUGAACACCGUUCAAUACGCGCAAAGAGCCAGAGCCAUUCAAAGCAAACCGCAGAUUCAGCACAUCUCGGAUGACAGCGACAAACAUGCCGUGAUUGAGAGACUCAAGGCGGAAGUCGCUUUCCUCAGACAGCAGCUUCGAAAUGCCGAGGACAACGAGCGACGAAGCGUUGCGCCCCAAGAAAGAGCUGAACGACAGAACGAAAGGGAGAUGGAGCUUCACAAUCAACUUCUCGACGUCCAAGAGAGCUAUAACGCGCUGAGCCAACGCCACGCGAAACUCAUCGCCGAGCUUGCCCGUGAUUCAGAACACCACCCCAAUGGAGAUGCCGACGAUGUUGCUUCGGCCGUCGGUAAGAGCUCCGUUGAAAGGCUGAAGCGGUCCCAUUCGUUCGCCGAAUCUGUCGAGCAGGUCGUUCUGGAGUAUGAGAAGACGAUCCAGAGUCUCGAAUCAUCCCUGUCGAACACGCGCUCCUCCCUGUCGGUCACGGAGAGCACUCUUUUGGAACGCGAGACCAAAUGCGCCUAUGUUGAAACAGUCAAUGCACAAUUGCAAACCCGUCUCCAGAAACUCAUGGACCGCGAGGCCAGCACAGAAUCCUAUCUGCACGAACUCGAGUCUCGACUGGAUGGUCAAUCGUCUGGGGAAGAGAAAUACACAGCCAUAAUCGCGGAGCUGCGCAAGGAACUCAGCCGUGCACGUGAGAGUGAAGCUGGCUGUGAAGACUACAUUUCGACCCUGGAGGAGCGUCUGGCGGAAGCCGACCAGGACAUGGAGCUCAUGCAGCGGGAGGUGGAACGCCUGGAACACGUCGUUGAGCGCCAAAGAAGUCUAGGUAAACUGGAUAGUCUUCUCCAUGAACUGGACCACGUUCAUCAAAAUGGCGUCAAACAAAAAGAGAUCGAGGGGCUGAACGAGUCUCCUGUUCCAGCUGUGAAGAGCGCCCGCAAUUCCCGACAGAGGGCGAUGACUCUCGAAGUUCUGACCGAAGCCGCCGAAACCGCGAUUCCCGAAUCCGAUGAGGACCUGGCGGAAAGGGUUCCGGGCAUAGACGAUGAAACCAUCUCUGAGAUGGAGCCUCUAGCCGAGGUUGACGACGGCUCUGAUUUGGAAGUGUUGGAGAAGGCAACAAGCCGCAUUGAGGUUGAUUCUGAUGAUGAGUCUCGUGCCCCCUCUCCUAGCCUUACCGAAUCGAAGAUCGUUGCAGACAAGCUCGAUACUGUGUCCCAGGAGCUCUUUGAUCUCCGGCUCCAGCAUGAGAACACUCUGACCCAAUAUGAAUUGUUGGAAGCAAAGUACGAAGAGGCUCUCAAGGCGCUGGCUGGGCUAGAACGGGAAGCUGUAGACGAAGCGCUUGAUGCAACAGUUCCCGCCCAGGGACCUGCCUCCACAACCACUGCCUCCCGGCCAGUGUCUUUUUUAGAGGAUGCGAAGGCCCCCGACUCGAAGAGUGGAAAACAACGCUCGUUCUCGCAAUCACUCUCCUCGGAGUUAUCCUUGGUCGGGGAGUCUGCUGCUUCGCUAGAGCCCUCUAAUGGCCCCUCUGAGCCUAGUUCAGAAGAUCAUGUGGACUCGCAGGCGUCCCGAAGCGAGAAAAACUCAAGAGAGAUGGAGCAUAUGCGCCAGCUGCUGAAUGAGCAUCAAGAAGGUGUGAGUAUCAUGACACAGAAGUACGCUGAGCUGCGAUCCGAGCACGAAGAUGCUCUCACUCUGGUGGAAUCUCUCAAGGCCGAGCUACGCAAUUCUAAAUCUACCUCCACGCCGACGACUCCCAACUUCAAGUCAAAUGUCAUUCGACGCAAGACUAGCCAGAGCCUUAUUUCGACUGUGGACCGAGCGCAUCGAUCCCUCGCCGCCCUGCGAAAUAUCGCCGUGGAAGAGUUUGCGGGUCGUACGGAUACCAUGCAAAACUUUGAGGUCCAUCUCGAUUCCGCGAUGCAUGAGCUUCACUCGCGCAUGGAACGGAUCCAGUCCCUGGAGGCAGAGAACCAGAGCGUGAAAAAGGAGAUGGAAACGAAAGCGACCAUCAUCUCUGGCCUCACUCGGGAGCGAUCUAGUUUGCAAGGGGGUACGCCUUCCGCAGAUAUGGGACUUAUGUCUCAGUUGCGGGAUCAGGUUGUCCAGCAGGAAGGUCUGAUCAACGACCUCAAGGAGGCGCAUGAGGCGAGAGAAAAGCUCUUGCUUGAGGAGAUCGAGGAGCUCAAGGAUCUGCUCAAGACCCAGGAGGCAGCCGCCAAAGCUCAAGAUGCUCACGUGGAAGAACAAGACAAGAAGAUUGGUGUUCUUGAGGGCGAAUUGACUGAGUGGAAGAGCAAGCAUCAGAACGCUGUGGAAUCCUUGCAGGCCUCCGAACAGCAGCUCACUGCUACCCUGGCCGAGCUCGACAGCGCAUUGGCGACCAUUGAUACUAUUCGCACCGACCGCGCCGCCGCAGAUGAAACAACCGCCGCCAAGGAGGCCACUGCUAGAGAGUUGGAGGGGGAGCGGAUUGAGCAGCAACGGCUGGUCGAGAGUCUCAAGCGGACCAUUGAGGAGCAUGAGUCUACAGCCGCUACUCGUCUCGAGCAGAUUGCAUCUCUGGAACAGUUACACAAGACGGCUCAGGGCCAACUCUCAGAGCUACUUGCCACCAAGGGCAAUGAUGGCCGCGAGGUCGAAGGAUUUCAGUCCCGAAUCUCGGAACUGGAACGUGAAAUCCAAAACCACAAGUCAACUUCCGAUUCUCACAAGAAGGACGUCGAGAUCCUGCAGGAUUCCCACAAGAAAGAAUUGGCUGAACUCGAGGCCCGCGCCACUGCGGCGGCGCAGGCUGAAUAUAACGCGCGCAUUGCGGAGGAGGGCGCGGAGCACGAAGCGGCGAUGAACAAGCUGCGGGCUGAGAUCGUAGAGUCGCGGGAAGAGCUAGCGAGACUGCUCGAGAAGGUCUCAGCGCUGGUCAAAUCCGAUAUCACCGCUGAUAAUCUGGAAGACCAAAUUCAAGAUAUCCUGACUCAGAAGCAGCACUUCUCUGAUAAGUACGCCGAACUGAUGGAUGCGAAUGAGGAUCUCCGGAAGCAGUUGGAGGCCAAGAGCCGUGAUGCCGAUAAGCUACAAGAGCUCACCAAACGCGAGGCGGCCAAGGAAGCGAAGGUGAACGAACUCGCCAUUCUCGUGGCCACACUUGAGGAUACUCUGCAACGCAAGGAUGAGCAGGUCAAGAAGAAGGAAGCGCUCAUCGAUGAGAUUACCGUUGAGAAGGAGAAGAGCUUGCGGCUGGUGGAGGAACUGGAAGAGCAGAUCACGAACAGCUUCGAUCAACAUCAUAAUCGUCUCUCUGUCAUCCAGCAAGAAAGGGAUCAGGCAUUGGAGGAUGCCAAGGGCAAGAUCGUCACCUAUGAGAAGGAGAUCGAGACCUACCAGGUGCGGAUCGAGCAGCUUGAGCUUCAAAUCAAGAAUAGCACCAGCCAGGACGGCUCGCAUGAUCGCAGCAGCUCCCUGACUUCGAACCUCCGCAAGAGCGCUUCGGCCGCUUCUCUUCCCUCGCCACCCCCUGCUAUUCCACUUCCCCCUUUGCCGACUAUUCCCUCUGGCACCAACGGAGGCGUGUCCCCUCCAAGCUCUCGUCACACCAGCAAGGAGCUAGUCAGCGUCCAGAUGGUUGAGGAGUCGGAGGCCCGGAUCCGCACGAUAGAAAAACAUCUCAAUGCCGAGAAGCAGCUCACGGCCACCCUUGAAGAGGCGCUAGGUGAUCUGGAAGCGCAGAGCAACAAGGUCAAGACGGACUGCGAAGCCUGGAAAAAGAAGGCAUGGCAGCUGGAGGAGGAGCUCACCACUCUUCGCAAAGAACGCAAUUCGCAACGACUUUCGCUCCAAGCCGUCGAGGAGGAGCGGAAUGCCCGUCGCGAAGCCGAGGCUGCUCGUGCCCAGCUCGAGGAGCGGAUGAAUGCGCUGAAUAAAAAGAAGAAGAAGAGCACUCUCAACUGCUUCUAG